AUGGGUACUCACAGCAAGAUGCCAUCCUACAAUCAUGAGUCUAAGGAAUCUUUGAGGGACAUCAUUUCCAAGGACCCUUCCGCAAUGUUGGGUAAGGACAUUAUUGAGAAGUUCCAUGCUACAAACGAGUUGCCCUUUCUUUUCAAGGUCUUGUCCAUUGGAAAAGUUUUGUCCAUUCAAGCUCAUCCGGAUAAGGCUUUGGGCAAAACCUUGCACACUCAAGAUCCUGCGAACUAUCCUGAUGAUAAUCAUAAGCCUGAAAUGGCCAUCGCGGUCACUGACUUCGAAGGGUUUUGCGGGUUCAAACCAUUGCAAGAAAUUGCCGAUGAAUUGAAACGCAUUCCUGAAUUGCACAAUAUUGUGGGUGAUGAAACUUCCCGUAAUUUUAUUGAUAACAUCGACCUUUCUGCUCAGAAAGAUUCUGCAGAAGACGAAAAAAACAAAAAACUUUUACAAGCUGUUUUCAGUAAAGUCAUGAACGCUUCUGAUGACGAAAUCAGGAUUCAAGCCCGUUCCUUGGUGGAAAGAUCGAAAAAUUGUCCCUCUGAUUUUAAUAAGCCAGAUUUACCAGAUCUAAUUCAAAGGUUAAAUAAACAAUUUCCCGACGACGUAGGUUUAUUCUGUGGUUGUUUGUUGUUGAAUCAUUGUAGAUUAAAGGCUGGUGAAGCUAUCUUCUUAAGAGCCAAGGAUCCUCACGCCUACAUAAGCGGUGAUAUUAUGGAAUGUAUGGCAGCCUCCGACAACGUAGUUAGAGCAGGCUUCACUCCAAAAUUCAAGGACGUUAAGAACUUAGUCUCUAUGUUGACCUAUACCUACGAUCCUGUGAACAAACAGAAAAUGCAACCUUUAAAAUUCGACAGAUCUUCUGGCAAUGGUAAAUCAGUCUUAUAUAACCCUCCAAUCGAAGAAUUUGCCGUUUUGGAAACCACCUUUGAUGAAAGGCUUGGUCAGAGACAUUUUGAAGGCGUCAAUGGCCCAAGUAUCUUGAUCACUACAAAGGGUAAUGGUUACAUUAAGGCUGAUGGUCAAAAAUUAAAGGCUGAACCUGGUUUUGUCUUCUUCAUUGCUCCACAUUUGGCUGUUGAUCUGGAAGCUGAAGAUGAAGGCUUCACCACUUAUAGAGCCUUUGUGGAACCAAAUUAG